GCGGCCGGCAACCUGCUCUCAGCGAAGAUGGCGGGGCCAGAGCUAUUGCUGGACUCCAACAUCCGCCUCUGGGUGGUCCUUCCUAUCGUGAUCAUCACUUUCUUCGUAGGCAUGAUCCGCCACUACGUGUCCAUUCUGUUGCAGAGCGACAAGAAGCUCACCCAGGAACAAGUGUCUGACAGUCAAGUCUUAAUUCGAAGCAGAGUCCUCCGGGAAAAUGGAAAAUACAUUCCCAAACAGUCUUUUUUGACACGGAAAUAUUACUUCAACAACCCAGAGGAUGGAUUUUUCAAAAAAACUAAAAGGAAAGUAGUGCCACCUUCUCCUAUGACUGAUCCCACAAUGCUCACGGACAUGAUGAAGGGGAACGUCACAAACGUCCUCCCUAUGAUCCUCAUCGGUGGAUGGAUCAACAUGACAUUCUCAGGCUUUGUCACAACCAAGGUCCCGUUUCCUCUGACGCUGCGCUUUAAGCCCAUGCUGCAGCAGGGAAUUGAACUACUCACCUUAGAUGCAUCCUGGGUGAGUUCUGCAUCCUGGUACUUUCUCAACGUAUUUGGGCUCCGGAGCAUUUACUCUCUGAUUCUGGGCCAAGAUAAUGCUGCUGACCAGUCCCGAGUGAUGCAGGAGCAGAUGACAGGAGCUGCCAUGGCCAUGCCUGCAGACACCAACAAAGCUUUCAAGACAGAGUGGGAGGCCCUGGAGCUGACCGACCACCAGUGGGCCCUGGACGAUGUUGAGGAGGAGCUCAUGACCAAGGACCUGCACUUUGAGGGCAUGUUCAAGAAGGAACUGCAGACAUCCAUCUUCUGAAGCUGGAGCCAGGAGCAGCUGCGUUGGGAACCUGCAAUUGCGCCUAACCUUGUACUUUGACUGAAACCAGAGCCUCAGGAUGGAAAGGAGGAUGCAGGGGCUGGCAGGAUGUUGCAGGGCUCGCUCUUUUCUGGGCUGGGCUCCCCUUUGUGUUGGAAACUAGAGGACAAAAAGGAGUGCACUAGUUCUGGCUAUCCAAAAGUGUUCUUUCAUCUAGUUAUAAAAGAGAAAGGGGAAACUCAGGCUACGAAUACCAUAUAAAAACGUAGCAAGUUUCAGUCUUUGGAGGAAACGUCAUUUGUAGCUGGUUAUGUUCAGUCAGUGUGACUUCUAACCACAGUAAACUCCUGUCUUCUUGGAAUCCAAACACUUCUGCAUUUACCUUUAAUUUUUUUGUUAAUAUAGUUCACUUUCUUUAUAACAGUAAUACAUUUCAUUUCUAAAAAUGUAGGAAGUAGGAGUGAGCAAAAUGAAUCUCCCUGCUUUAUUCAUUUUGAGCCUAUCGAAUGACACAAAGCAGUGUGUCAAGGCCUCGCUCACAUGAGCCCUUCUCAUGGGGAACACCAGGACUGGCGGGCGUGGCAGAGCCUUCCCCCUUCAGUGACAUCAGCCACCCUCGGGCACUGCCAGACCCCCAGGUGCCUUCAGGAUUAUUAAGACAGGUUGAGCAAUAUAAGUGCUUUACCAGGCAUGGUGGCACACACCUGUGAUACCAGCAGUCGGGAAACUGAGGCAGGAGGAUCAUGGUGAGUUUGAGGCCAGCCUGGGCCCUGUAGUGAGUUCAAGACCAGCCUGAACUACAUUGUGAGACCUGUCUCUGAAAAACAGAGAUCUGAAUCCAAACUUUAGAAUAUAUCAAAUUCAUUGGCAAAUCUAUGGUGCUGUGCUGUACAUGGCUCUGCAGGUGGAUGGAGAUCAUUUCCCAGUCACUGGGCAGGUGCAAUGUACCUGUCAUUGGCAAGAAGGAGCAAAAGCAUUGCUGGCUGACACAUGAAUCCAGGUCCCCAGCAACGCCUUUGUCUAGACACAAGCCAGGGAUGCGACUGGGUCUCAUUACUAUAUCUAGGUGGAUGUAAUUUGCAUGUUGAGCACUGUAAUCAGGAACAAAUGGCUCUUGACUGAAUUAAACUGUCCAGUUUUCUCUCUUGCCUGUGA